ACAUGACCAAGAAGAAGAAGUCGAAAUGGCGGCAGUGUUGAAAGUUUAGUUAUUCUAUUUAUCAUAAAUAUUCGCGCUAUAUAUUAGAACAUUUUGUCGAAAGAUCCUUAGCAUAAAAGAAAUUAAUUAUUAUAAAGCUUUGUUACGAUUUGCAAGAAGUCAAACUUUAGUAAAGGAGUUCGCAACGUAGAUGUGAACAUUGUGAAAGAUACGAUGAUGAGCAAACGAAUGGUGGUGAACGAUUCCGCGCCCACCCCAACAAGGCAAGAACAACAGCAGCGCGCGGUUGGUUCUCUUGUGGCACUUACCCAAAAAUUCGUCCAAUUGAUGAAAUGGAAUAAUGGACGGAUAGAUCUCAGAGAGGCAACUGAACUGUUGGAUGUCCAGAAGCGCAGAAUUUAUGACAUAACAAAUGUUUUAGAAGGAGUUGGAUUGAUUGAGAAGACAAGACACUGUAGCACAGUACGAUGGCGUGGCGCACUGAAUGGUAGUACGGGGCACCAAAGUUUAAGAGCAGCGCAUGCGCGAGCCAAGCAUUUAAAAGCGCUUGAAGCCGAUGUAGAUCUCCAAUUAGAAUAUGCUCGGCGUAAUUUAAAAUACAUAAAACAAGAUGAAGUAAACAAAUCUUACGCAUAUGUAACUCGUGAUGACUUGCUUUCGAUUUAUGGAGAAAAUGUUGUACUGGUAAUACCUAAUCAUGACGAUGAGGUGAAAAUAGAACCUUCACAUAACUCCUUAUACGUGUCGCUGGAUAAUGGAGGAAAAGUAGAUGUGCGGCUGGUUACGCAACAAGGUACUUGCACAGCACCUAAAUUAGAAACUACUCCGCUAGUUACCCGCUUAGAAACACCAUCACCAUCUUCAUCUAAUUGUUCAGAAUCAAGUACUUCAAAUAAAGCAACUCUAGUCACUGAUGAGCAUACGUACUUCUGUAAUCUCGAACAUAAGAAAGAACAAGAUGAAUUAGAAAAUCAACUUGCUGCUCGAAUAAUUUUUAAAAACUCUUCAGCACAACACUCACUGCGUAGAUUUUUCCCAGAUGAUCCCAAUUUAGAAAAUGCUCCACUAAUUCAAUUAAAUCCUCCCCAUGAAGAUUACAAUUUUGUAUUAACAAAAGACGAGGGUGUAUGUGAACUCUUCGAUAUACAGUGCAAUACAUAUUGAGAUUACGCCUUAAAUUCCUUCUAAAAACUUUUGAUCUUUAACUAGUUCUUGUAUGAUAAAUUUGUAGACAUAUGAAAGCCCACAUCUGUUGCGAAACAGUUUAUCGAGGGUUAUAUAGUAUAAUUUAUGUAAAAUAAAGGUCGGCACUUUAAACUGCAAUGGACGAGAUGUAAAAGCAAAUAAUAAAUUUACAAUUUUAGUUAAUAUCAAUGUAAUUAAUACCCUAGCGAAAAUUAUAUUGUAUACAAAUAUUUAAGAAAAUUAAAGACUUUCACAAAAUUA